AUGCCGCCCCUUGCGCUGGAGCAGCUGCCCCACGAUAUCUUAACGCACAUUGCGUUUUAUACGGCGGUAGGUCCGGCGUGUAGAAGCGCAGCUGGGCCGCCAAAAGAUCUGCUGCACCUCUUGCUCACAUGUCGCGUCCUGCACCGCCAGCUGUGCAAGGCACACAAUUCGGCGCUCUAUGCCUCCAUAUUCCACGCACUCUUUGACACAGCCGCGCUUGCCCGGCGGUUUGGCGCGCUCACGCCGCGGCAGCUUGCAGAGGGUCUUGUGGAGCGGUUCAUGUCGAUGAAGACGCUCCGCGCACACGUACUCAACCAUUCGGAUCUGCUGCUCGAACGCUGCGACGCCGCUGCCGACAGGGAUCUGUGCCAAAAUCUGUGGACUAUCUAUCUCAUGGCGCUGGAGCACGGUGCGUUUUGUGCGUCGCUAACGUUAGACACGCGCAAUCUCUCGCAGCUGCAGUGGUGCAUGGUCGACGAUUUUGUCGAUAUCCACGCACUCCAGACAGUGCGCGCGCAUCAUAUUCAUGCAAGGCUGCCCACAAGGCUGCCCACGUCGAGCCUUGUACUGCACCUGCGCUUUGCACUUACGCAGCUCCGGCAUGGCGCCGCACCCGCCGAUGGCGAGCACCAAUCGCUCUUUCUCCUCGUAAAGCCAUACGUGUUUGCCACGCACGAGUACAACAUGUAUUUUGCGCGGUGGCAGGCAUGGGGCUUGCCGCAUGCGUCGCUGGACGCGCAGGCGCAAGUAGCAAGCGUGCGCUACCUUGGCCAGGAGCUGCUGCUGGCCGUGCCGCCCGUGAGCCAAGCAGCGACACUGCUCAUGUUUGAACGGCACACAAACACGAGCUACACCAGCGUAAAAGAGCACCUGGGUCGCCAGAUCGAGGAGCGGUUGCGCACCACGAGCGUCGCGGCACUCCUCGGGUCGGCUGCGUUUGAUUUGGACUUCAAGCGCCUUGACCGGUGCUACGACCCCGCGAAAGCGCCGGGCUUGCAUAUACAAGACCACCGCAACAAGUUUGAGGGCGUUUGGGAGGGGCAGUUCUCCUUCUUUGACUUUGCGUCGUACCGCGAUAUGCUAAGCGGCAGCACAUCCGCGCUUUUCGACGGGGGCUUUGGCGAGCAGUCGCAGGUGCUGCACUUGCACGAAACGUGUACCUGUGCAUCGUCAGACGCCCAACAUUCCCUAAACACGCCCGAUGAUGCGCCGCUCUACGUACAGAAAAGCGCGGCGCAUGGCGCCUUGCCCGCGACGGAAUUGGAUUCGUGGCGUGUGUGGGAGGCUUCCUUCUUAGGGGAGACGCCAUCGGCCACCGACGAACAUGCACUCUUGCUGCAUGGCACCGGCCAUUCUGCGUGGGGCAAGUUUUACGUGCGUGGGCGUGUAAGGACAUGGGAUGGCCUCGUGAUGCUCUUGAAAGAGUACGGGCCGGGCCGGCAAGGAAAGUGGAUUUACUGCGGAUACCGCCUCGCCGGCGGAAAAAUGGUGGGCCGAUGGCGCGAUGCAUAUACGCCGCAGUCCAUGCAUGGGUACGAAGGGCCCUUUUUUUUAACACAACGAGCGUGUGACGCGCAGUGUGCUACAUGA